AUGGAGGAAGAAGAAUAUGAGGAAGUUGUGGAGUACUACAUAGAAGAAACAGUUAUUGAGGAGGGUGAACCACAUGAGGUAAUCACUGAGAUCACUGAGACAGUUAGUCAAGACUUCACAGGUCCUAGAACCACCACAUAUACUGUUGAGCAUGAAAAACCUGCUGAGGAUGGAGCAACCCCAGUCAGAAAGAGGACAAUACGGACAAAAGUGGACCCGUCGAAGUUCUUGACACCUUAUCUGGAACAUAGUAAUAAAAUGAAGGAUCUGUUCAGUGAGAACAAAUACAAAGAAAAAUUUAGAAAAGAGAAAGGAAAGCCUUAUGCUUCCACAAUUGAUACCCCAGAAAUCCGGAGAAUCAAGAAAGUGCAAGACCAGCUCAGUGAGGUUAAAUACCGCAUGGCUGGUGAAGUUGCCAGAACUAUUUGCCAUGUUGAUGAAAAGGCCAAGGACAUAGAACAUGCAAAAAAGGUGUCACAGCAAGUGAGCAAGGUACUAUAUAAACAGAACUGGGAAGAGAAUAAGGACAAGUACUUGCUUCCCCCUGAUGCUCCUGAGCUUGUGAAUGCAAUCAAAAACACAGCAAUGUUCAGUAAGAAACUUUAUACUGAAGACUGGGAAGCAGACAAAUCACUAUUCUAUCCAUACAAUGACAGUCCAGAGCUCAGAAGGGUGGCACAGGCUCAAAAGACUCUGAGUGAUAUGGUCUAUAAAAAAGGGCACGAUGAGAGAAAGUCUAAAUACACUUCUCUGCCAGAUCCCCCUGAUGUGGAACAAGCCAGGAAAGUGACAAGGCAGCUGAGUGAUGUUGCUUAUAAGGAGGACUACAAAAAGAAGAUCAAAGGCAAGUGGAGUCAAACUCCGUGCUAUGAUGUUGCAGUUGCAAAAAUGAAUGCAGAAAAUCUAAGUAUGAGAAAAUAUCAGGAAGACUUUGAAAACAUGAAAGACCAAAUCUACUUUAUGCAGACUGAAACUCCAGAGUACGAAGCUAACAAGCGAGUUUCGAAUAAUGUCAGCAAGGUAAAAUAUAGAGCAGACUAUGAAAAGAACAAAGCCAUUGCAGAUUAUAACGUGCUUCCUGCUACAGAGAACCCCCUGCUAAGGCAACUAAAAGCUGCAGGAAAUAUACUGAGUGAUAAAUUAUACAAAGAAGCCUAUGAACAAUCAAGAGGAAACAAAAUGAAUUACUGUGACACACCCAAGUUCCAGACUGAUGCUGCUCUGAAGAAUUUUAGUGAUGUGAAAUACAAAGAUGCCUAUCAGAAGAAUAUUUUAGGACACUAUCUGGGCAGCUUUGAGGAUCCCCAUCAAAUACACUGCAUGAAAGUUGAAGCCAUGAAGAGUGAUAAAAAUUACAAAGCAGAGUAUGAAGAGGAUAAGACCAAAUGCUACUUCCCUCAGACCAUAACUCAGGAGUAUGAAGCUAUUAAGAAGUUAGAGCAGUGUAAAGAUCACACCUACAAAAAGCAUCCUGAUCAAACCAAAUUCACUCAAGUGACUGACUCUCCAGUACAGAAGCAAGCAGAGAUCAACAGCAAGCAGCUGAGUGAUAUAAACUACAAAGCCAAAGGUGAAGAAAUUAUUCACAAGUACCACCUCCCUCCAGAUGUGCCCCAGUUUAUACAGGCUAAAGUGAAUGCCUACAAUAUUAGUGAUAACUAUUACAAAGCUGGCUUGGAAGAAUUAAAAUUGAAGGGAUAUGAUCUAAAACUUGAUGCUAUUCCUAUCCAAGCUGCCAAGGCUGCUAGGCAGGCUGCCAGUGAUUAUAAAUACAAAGAAGCAUAUGAAAAGGCUAGAGGAAAACAGGUUGGUUUCAGAAGCCUGCAAGAUGAUCCUAAGCUUGUUCACUACAUGAAUGUAGCCAAGAUUCAGUCUGAGCGUGAGUACAAGAAAGAUUAUGAGAAGACCAAGACUAACUAUCACACACCUCCUGACAUGUACAGUAUCCAGGCUGCUAAACAGUCUCAGGAUGUAGCUUCUAAUGCCCACUACAAAAACCUGAUCCACAACUACACCUAUCUGCCAGAUGCCAUGGAUGUUGAGCUUGCAAAGAACAUGAUGCAAAUUCAGAGUGAUAAUGCAUACAAGCAGGAGUAUAACAGCUGGCUCAAGGGUAUUGGGUGGAGUCCUCUGGGUUCCCUGGAUGUUGAAAAAGCUAAAAAGGCUGGAGAUGCAUUAAAUGAGAAGAAAUACCGUCAGCACCCAGACACCAUCAAGUUUACAAGCAUCCCAGAUUCCCUGCCAAUGGUUUUAGCUCAGCACAACACCAAGCAGCUGAGUGAUGUAGCAUAUAAGAAAGAAGGUGAAAAAGUGAUACACAAAUACACCCUGGAUCCUGAUGUUCCUCAGUUUAUCCAAGCCCGGGUCAAUGCCUACAAUUUGAGUGAUGCUAACUACAAAGCAGACUGGAAAAAAACCAUUGCCAAAGGAUAUGAUCUGAAACCAGAUGCCAUUCCUAUUAUUGCUGCGAAAGCUUCUCGGAAUAUUGCAAGUGAUGUAAGUUACAAGGAGUCAUAUGAGAAAGGUAAAGGCAAACAAGUUGGAUACCGGAGCCUGCAGGAUGAUCCUAAGCUUGUUCAUUACAUGAACGUGGCCAAAAUACAGUCAGAUCGUGAGUACAAGAAGGAUUAUGAAGUCACCAAGACCAAAUACCACACUCCUUUGGAUAUGUUCAGUGUGAUGGCUGCCAAGAAAGCCCAGGAAGUGUCUACAAUGUCUGGCUAUAAACAACCAAUUCACAAUUAUACACUCUUGCCUGAUUCUAUGAGCCUGGAGCUGUCAAGGAAUGUGAUGCAGCAGCAGAGUGAUAACGUGUACAAAGCAGACUUUAAUAACUGGUUGAGAGGAGUUGGCUGGGUACCAAUUCAGUCUCUGGAUGUAGAAAAGGCCAAAAAAGCUACAGAGAUCCUCAGUGAAAAGAAAUAUCGACAGCACCCAGACAAACUGAAGUAUUCUAUCACCACGGAUGCCAUGGAGCAAGUGCUAGCCAAGCAAAAUGCCAAGACCAUGAAUAAGAGGCUCUACACUGAUAAGUGGAACAAAGAGAAGACCAGCAUUCAUGUUAUGCCAGAUACUCCAGAAAUUCUGCAGUCUAGAGUGAACCAGAUCACAAUGAGCAAUAAACUUUACAAAGCUGGAUGGGAGGAAGACAAGAAGAAAGGUUAUGACCUGAAGCCAGAUGCUAUUCCAAUAAAAGCAGCCAAGGCAUCCAGAGACAUUGCAAGUGAUUAUAAGUACAAACUCGCCUACGAAAAAGCGAAAGGAAAGCACAUCGGGUUCCGCAGCCUGGAGGACGACCCCAAGCUGGUGCACUUCAUGCAGGUGGCUAAGAUGCAAUCUGAUCGUGAGUACAAAAAAGAUUAUGAGAAGGCAAAGACUAAUUUCCACACUCCAGUGGACAUGGUCAGCGUUGUGGCAGCCAAGAAAGCCCAGGAAGUGGUGACCAACGCAAACUACAAAAACCUGAUCCAUACCUACAAUGUUCUGCCUGAUGCCAUGAGUCUUGAACUAGCCAAAAACAUGAUGCAGAUACAAAGUGAUAAUCAAUACAAAGCAGAAUAUGAUGAAACCAUGAAGGGUGUUGGGUGGGUACCACUGGGCUCCUUGGAAGCUGAGAAGAACAAAAAAGCAAUGGAAAUUGUUAGUGAAAAGAAGUAUCGCCAGCACCCAGACAAGCUGAAGUAUUCUGUUCCUAUGGAUUCCAUGAACAUGGUCUUAGCUUUAAACAAUGCUAAAAUCAUGGAUGAGCACAAGUACAAACAAGCCUGGGAAGAAGACAAGAAGAAAGUUCAUAUCACACCAGAUAUUCCACAGAUUGCUUUAGCAAAAGCUAAUGCAUUUAAUUUAAGUGAUAAAAUGUACAGACAUAAAUUUGAAGAGUCUAGGAAGAAAGGGUAUGAUCUCAGAGCUGAUGCCAUCCCUAUUAAAGCUGCCAAAGCUUCUAGGGAUAUUGCUAGUGAUUAUAAAUACAAGUUAGGAUAUGAAAAAGACAAGGGAAAACUUGUAGGCUUCCGCAGCCUUCAGGAUGAUCCCAAACUUGUCCAUUAUAUGCAAGUGGCUAAGAUGCAGUCUGACCGUGAGUACAAGAAAGCCUAUGAGAUGAGCAAGACUCAUUACCAGAUGCCUUCAGACUCAUUCAGCGUGGUGGCAGCCAAGGAGGCCCAGGAUCGCGUCACCAACACCAACUACAAGCGACUCAUUCACCAGUACAUGCUUCUGCCAGAUGCCAUGAGUUUGGAACUGUACAGGAACAUGAAUCAGAUACAGAGUGAUAAUGAGUACAAGCAGGAUUACAACGAGUGGUUCAAGGGCAUUGGCUGGAGUCCUGCUGGGUCUCUGGAUGUAGAGAAAUCUAAGAAAGCCACAGCAAUUGCAAGUGAUCAGAAGUACCGCCAGCAUCCCAGCCUGUUCCCCUUCACAAAACAGACUGAUGCCAUGGACUUGGUCCUUGCAAAGCAGAAUGCAAAUAUAAUGAAUAAACAUGCUUAUACUGAAGCUUGGGAGAAGGAUAAAACUCAGGUCCAUGUGAUGCCAGAUACACCAGAUAUCCUACAGGCAAAACAGAACAAGAUGAACUACAGUCAGUACAAGUACAAGGAAGGUUACCGCAAGCAGCAGGGACACCACAUUGGCUUCCGCAGCUUACAGGACGAUCCCAAGAUGUUGUGGUCAAUGCAAGUAGCUAAGAUGCAGAGUGAGAGGGAGUACAAGAAAGAUUUUGAAAAGUGGAAGACAAAGUUUAAUAUGCCUGUGGACAUGUUAGGCUUCCUUCUGGCCAAGAAAUGCCAGGAAUUGGUUAGUGAUAUAGACUACAAACGGAUACUGCACCGCUGGACUUGCCUGCCAGACCAGAAUGAUGUCACCCAGGCAAAGAGGGUCUACGAACUACAGAGUGAUAAUCUGUAUAAGUCAGAUCUACAAUGGCUCAAAGGUAUUGGAUGGAGUCCACUGGGAGCAUUGGAGACUGAAAAGAAUAAAAAAGCUUCUGAAAUACUGAGUGAGAAGAAGUACCGGCAGCACCCAGACACUAUUAAGUUCACGAGUAUCCCAGAUGCCAUGGAUAUUGUUCUAGCAAAAUCUAAUGCCAAAAAUAGAAGUGAUAUACUCUAUAGAGAAGCUUGGAACAAGGACAAGACUCAGGUUCAUAUCAUGCCUGAUACACCUGAAAUUCUGCUGGCUAAAUCAAACGUAAUUAACACAAGUGAUAAAAAAUAUAAGUUGGGAUAUGAGGAGAUGAAGAGGAAAGGCUAUGACCUCCCUGUGGAUGCAAUACCCCUCAAGUCAGCAAAGGCAUCUAGAGACAUAGCUAGUGAAUACAAAUACAAAACUGGGUACAGAAAGCAGCUCGGCCACCACAUCGGGGCCCGGAACAUAGAGGAUGAUCCCAAGAUGAUGUGGUCCAUGCACGUAGCCAAGAUCCAGAGUGACAGAGAGUACAAGAAAGCUUUUGAGAAGUCCAAGACACACUUCAGUAGCCCAGUGGACAUGCUGGGAGUUGUACUGGCCAAGAAAUGUCAGGAGCUGGUCAGCGACGUUGACUACAAGCAUCCUCUGCAUCGGUGGACCUGCCUGCCAGACCAGAAUGAUGUUGUACAAGCCAGGAGAGUGUACGACCUUCAGAGUGAUAAUGUGUACAAGUCUGACCUGCUGUGGCUGAGGGGCAUUGGUUGGUCCCCAAGUGGUUCUCUGGAUGAUGAGAAGAACAAGAGGGCGAGCCAAAUCCUGAGUGACAAGAAGUACCGGCAACACCCGGACACCAUCAGGUUCACCAGCCUCCCCGACUCCAUGCCCAUGGUUCUGGCCAAGCACAACUCUGCAAUUAUGGACCAGCGCGCGUACACGUCAGCCUGGGAGAAGGAUAAAACCAGCGUCCACAUUAUGCCGGACACCCCUGGGAUUUUGCUUGCCCAGCAGAACAAAGUGAACUUCAGUGAGAAACUGUACAAGCUUGCGAUGGAGGAGGAUAAGAAGAAGGGCUACGACAUGAGGGUAGAUGCCAUUCCCAUCAAGUCUGCCAAGGCUUCCAGGGACAUCGCCAGUGAUUACAAGUACAAAGAAGGCUACCGCAAGCAGCUCGGCCACCACAUUGGGGCCCGGAACAUAGAGGAUGAUCCCAAGAUGAUGUGGUCCAUGCACGUAGCCAAGAUCCAGAGUGACAGGGAGUACAAGAAAGCUUUUGAGAAGUCCAAGACACACUUCAGUAGCCCAGUGGACAUGCUGGGAGUUGUAUUGGCCAAGAAAUGUCAGGAGCUGGUCAGUGACGUUGACUACAAGCAUCCUCUGCAUCGGUGGACCUGCCUGCCAGACCAGAAUGAUGUUGUACAAGCCAGGAGAGUGUACGACCUUCAGAGUGAUAAUGUGUACAAGUCUGACCUGCUGUGGCUGAGGGGCAUUGGUUGGUCCCCAAGUGGUUCUCUGGAUGAUGAGAAGAACAAGAGGGCGAGCCAAAUCCUGAGUGACAAGAAGUACCGGCAACACCCGGACACCAUCAGGUUCACCAGCCUCCCCGACUCCAUGCCCAUGGUUCUGGCCAAGCACAACUCUGCAAUUAUGGACCAGCGCGCGUACACGUCAGCCUGGGAGAAGGAUAAAACCAGCGUCCACAUUAUGCCGGACACCCCUGGGAUUUUGCUUGCCCAGCAGAACAAAGUGAACUUCAGUGAGAAACUGUACAAGCUUGCGAUGGAGGAGGAUAAGAAGAAGGGCUACGACAUGAGGGUAGAUGCCAUUCCCAUCAAGUCUGCCAAGGCUUCCAGGGACAUCGCCAGUGAUUACAAGUACAAAGAAGGCUACCGCAAGCAGCUCGGCCACCACAUUGGGGCCCGGAACAUAGAGGAUGAUCCCAAGAUGAUGUGGUCCAUGCACGUAGCCAAGAUCCAGAGUGACAGGGAGUACAAGAAAGACUUUGAGAAGUCCAAGACACAUUUCAGUAGCCCAGUGGACAUGCUGGGAGUUGUACUGGCCAAGAAAUGUCAGGAGCUGGUCAGCGACGUUGACUACAAGCAUCCUCUGCAUCGGUGGACCUGCCUGCCAGACCAGAACGAUGUUGUACAAGCCAGGAGAGUGUACGACCUUCAGAGUGAUAAUGUGUACAAGUCUGACCUGCUGUGGCUGAGGGGCAUUGGUUGGUCCCCAAGUGGUUCUCUGGAUGAUGAGAAGAACAAGAGGGCGAGCCAAAUCCUGAGUGACAAGAAGUACCGGCAACACCCGGACACCAUCAGGUUCACCAGCCUCCCCGACUCCAUGCCCAUGGUUCUGGCCAAGCACAACUCUGCAAUUAUGGACCAGCGCGCGUACACGUCAGCCUGGGAGAAGGAUAAAACCAGCGUCCACAUUAUGCCGGACACCCCUGGGAUUUUGCUUGCCCAGCAGAACAAAGUGAACUUCAGUGAGAAACUGUACAAGCUUGCGAUGGAGGAGGAUAAGAAGAAGGGCUACGACAUGAGGGUAGAUGCCAUUCCCAUCAAGUCUGCCAAGGCUUCCAGGGACAUCGCCAGUGAUUACAAGUACAAAGAAGGCUACCGCAAGCAGCUCGGCCACCACAUUGGGGCCCGGAACAUAGAGGAUGAUCCCAAGAUGAUGUGGUCCAUGCACGUAGCCAAGAUCCAGAGUGACAGGGAGUACAAGAAAGCUUUUGAGAAGUCCAAGACACACUUCAGUAGCCCAGUGGACAUGCUGGGCAUCGUGUUGGCCAAGAAAUGUCAGGAGCUGGUCAGUGACGUUGACUACAAGCAUCCUCUGCAUCGGUGGACCUGCCUGCCAGACCAGAAUGAUGUUGUACAAGCCAGGAGAGUGUACGACCUUCAGAGUGAUAAUGUGUACAAGUCUGACCUGCUGUGGCUGAGGGGCAUUGGUUGGUCCCCAAGUGGUUCUCUGGAUGAUGAGAAGAACAAGAGGGCGAGCCAAAUCCUGAGUGACAAGAAGUACCGGCAACACCCGGACACCAUCAGGUUCACCAGCCUCCCCGACUCCAUGCCCAUGGUUCUGGCCAAGCACAACUCUGCAAUUAUGGACCAGCGCGCGUACACGUCAGCCUGGGAGAAGGAUAAAACCAGCGUCCACAUUAUGCCGGACACCCCUGGGAUUUUGCUUGCCCAGCAGAACAAAGUGAACUUCAGUGAGAAACUGUACAAGCUUGCGAUGGAGGAGGAUAAGAAGAAGGGCUAUGACAUGAGGGUAGAUGCCAUUCCCAUCAAGUCUGCCAAGGCUUCCAGGGACAUUGCCAGUGAUUACAAGUACAAAGAAGGCUACCGCAAGCAGCUCGGCCACCACAUUGGGGCCCGGAACAUAGAGGAUGAUCCCAAGAUGAUGUGGUCCAUGCAUGUAGCCAAGAUCCAGAGUGACAGGGAGUACAAGAAAGCUUUUGAGAAGUCCAAGACACACUUUAGUAGCCCAGUGGACAUGCUGGGCAUUGUGUUGGCCAAGAAAUGUCAGGAGCUGGUCAGCGAUGUUGACUACAAGCACUAUCUGCAUGAAUGGACCUGCCUGCCAGACCAGAACGAUGUUAUCCAUGCUAAGCAAGCCUAUGAUCUGCAGAGUGAUAAUUGUUACAAGUCUGACCUCGAAUGGUUACGAGGCAUUGGUUGGGUCCCAAUUGGCUCCUUGGACGUUGAAAAAGCCAAGAAGGCAGGAGAGAUCUUGAGUGAUAAAAUAUACCGUCAGCCUCCAGACACAAUCAAGUUUACCAGCGUGCCUGACUCUCUAGAGAUGGUCUUAGCCAAGCAGAAUGCAGAGACAAUGAAUAAGCGUUUAUAUACUGAGGCCUGGGACAAAGACAAAACACAAAUCCACAUCAUGCCUGACACACCUGAAAUCACACUGGCAAGACAGAACAUGCAGAACUACAGUGUGAAACUCUAUAAACAAGCCAUGGAAGAAGACAAAAAGAAAGGCUAUGAUUUGAGAAGUGAUGCUAUCCCCAUUCAGGCUGCCAAAGCAUCCAGGCAGAUUGCCAGCGAUUACAAGUACAAAGAAGGCUACCGCAAGCAGCUCGGCCACCACAUUGGGGCCCGGAACAUAGAGGAUGAUCCCAAGAUGAUGUGGUCCAUGCACGUAGCCAAGAUCCAGAGUGACAGGGAGUACAAGAAAGACUUUGAGAAGUCCAAGACACACUUCAGUAGCCCAGUGGACAUGCUGGGCAUUGUGCUGGCCAAGAAAUGUCAAGGGCUGGUCAGUGAUAUUGAUUACAAGCACUAUCUGCAUCAGUGGAUCUGCCUGCCGGACCAGAACGACGUUAUCCAUGCUAAGCAAGCCUAUGAUCUGCAGAGUGAUCACUGCUACAAGUCUGACCUCGAAUGGUUACGAGGCAUUGGUUGGGUCCCAAUUGGCUCCUUGGACGUUGAAAAAGCCAAGAAGGCAGGAGAGAUCUUGAGUGAUAAAAUAUACCGUCAGCCUCCAGACACAAUCAAGUUUACCAGCGUGCCUGACUCUCUAGAGAUGGUCUUAGCCAAGCAGAAUGCAGAGACAAUGAAUAAGCGUUUAUACACUGAAGCAUGGAAUAAAGAUAAGACCACAGUUCAUGUCAUGCCUGACACACCAGAAAUCCUGCUAGCUAAACAAAACCAAUUAAACUACAGUCAGAAAAUGUACAAACUAGCAUUGGAGGAAUCAAAGAAGAAAGGUCAUGAUUUGCGUUUUGAUGCCAUUCCUAUUCAGUCUGCCAAAGCAUCCAGAGAGAUUGCCAGUGAUUACAAGUACAAAGAAGGCUACCGCAAGCAGCUCGGCCACCACAUCGGGGCCCGGAAUAUACAGGAUGAUCCCAAGAUGAUGUGGUCCAUGCACGUGGCCAAGAUCCAGAGUGACAGGGAGUACAAGAAAGCCUUUGAGAAGACAAAGACACACUUCAGUAGCCCAGUGGACAUGCUGGGCAUUGUGCUGGCCAAGAAAUGUCAAGGGCUGGUCAGUGAUAUUGAUUACAAGCACUACCUGCAUCAGUGGAUCUGCCUGCCGGACCAGAACGACGUUAUCCAUGCUAAGCAAGCCUAUGAUCCGCAGAGUGAUGCUGUUUACAAAGCAGACCUGGAAUGGCUAAGAGGUAUUGGAUGGGUUCCUAUUGGUUCCAUGGACGUUGAGAAAGCUAAGAGAGCUGGAGAAAUCCUGAGUGAAAGGAAGUAUCGUCAACCAGCAGACCAAAUUAAAUUUACUAGUGUGACAGAUUCUUUGGCUAUGGUCUUAGCCAAGCAAAAUGCUGAGAUAAUGAACAAGCGUUUAUACACAGAGGCCUGGGAUGCAGACAAGAAGUCAAUUCAUGUCAUGCCUGACACACCGACAAUUUUGUUAGCUAAGGCUAAUGCAGCUAAUGUCAGCCAGAAACUUUAUACACAAGCCUGGGAAGAGGCUAAAAAGAAGGGUUAUGACAUGAGAGCUGAUGCAAUUCCAAUCCAAAGUGCAAAGGCAUCAAGAAAUAUUGCGAGUGAUUACAAGUACAAAGAAGCACACGAGAAGCAGAAAGGCCACUACAUUGGGUGCAAAACUGCCCAGGAGGACCCCAAGCUGUCGUGGGCUGCGCGUGCCAUGGCGCUGCAGAACGACCGGAUUUACAGGAAGGCCUACCAUGAUUCCAAGGCCCAGGUGCACAUCCCAGUGGAUGCCAUGUCAGUGCAGGCAGCCAAGGAGUGCCAGACACUCGUCAGUGACAUUGACUACCGCCAGUACCUGCACCAGUGGACGUGUCUGCCUGAUCAGAAUGAUGUGAUCCAUGCGAGGAAGGCCUAUGACCUGCAGAGCGAUGCUGUUUAUAAGUCGGACCUAGAAUGGCUCCGUGGAAUUGGCUGGUUGCCUAAUGACUCCCCAGAAGUUAAGAGGGUGAAGCAAGCCCAGGACCUCCUGAGUGACAACGUGUAUCGUACCCCCAUUGACAGCCUGAAAUACACCAGUGUUGUGGAUUCUCCAGACGUCGUCCUGGCCAAAGCCAACGCCGAGCAAGUCAGCAUUCCGAAAUACAAAGAAGCCUGGGAAAAAGACAAGACUAUGAUCCAUAUUAUGCCAGAUACACCUGAAAUCAACCUAGCCAAAACUAAUGCUGCAAAUUAUAGCCAGAAACUGUACAAAGAAGCUUGGGAUGAGUUGAAGCUGAGCUAUGAUUUGAGAGCAGAUGCAAUCCCAAUUAAAGCAGCCAAAGCUUCCAGGGAAAUUGCUAGUGAUUAUAAAUACAAACUGGAUCACGAGAAGCAGAAAGGACACUAUGUUGGAGUUCCAAAUGCAAAAGCAGAUGUCAAAAUAGAUUUUGCCCUGGGCAUAGGCAAAGUUCAGAGUGAACUAGAAUACAAGAAACACUUUGCCAAAUGGAAGACACAGUGCCACUUGCCAGUAGACAUGGUGUCUAUCGUAUCAGCUAAGCAUGGUCAGUCCUUGGUCAGUGAUGUUGAUUACCGCCAUUACUUGCACCAAUGGAUCUGUCUUCCAGACCAGAACGAUGUCAUACAUGCUAGGAAAGCUUAUGAUCUUCAGAGUGAUGCUGUUUACAAAGCUGAUUUAGAAUGGCUACGGGGAAUUGGAUGGUUGCCAAAUGAUUCAGUUGGGAUCAACCACGUCAAAUACGCUGGAGAUCUCUUGAAUGAGAGAAAGUACCGUACAAAAGCCGAAACUCUUCCCUUUACUCCCGUGGCAGACAGGGUUGAUUAUGUCACAGCAAAGAAUAGUGGUGAAAUUCUCAGUCAGAUUAAAUACCACAAAGCAUGGAAUGAAGCCAAGUCCAAUUACACUCUGACAGACACACCACAGCUAGAUAUGGCCCGAGAGGCAGCCAGAAUUCUUAACCAGAAUUUGUACAAGGAAAGUUGGGAGAAAGAAAAAGCCACCGGUUACAUCUUACCACCUGACACUGUGCAGCUCUCUCAUGCAAAACGCUCAAAUGAUGUCCAAAGUGAGCUCAAAUACAAAGCUGAAUAUGUCAAACAAAGAGGUCACUAUGUUGGCGUUCCCAGUAUGAGAGAUGAUCCGAAACUGGUCUGGUUUGAGCACGCGGGUGAGAUCCAGAAUGACAGAUUGUACAAAUCAGACUACCACAAAACCAAGUCCAAAAUCCACAUCCCUCCAGAUGCAGUGUCAGUGGUAGCAGCCAAGGAAGGUCAGGCCUUGGUCAGCGACAUCGACUACCGCCAAUACCUGCAUGAAUGGACCUGCCAUCCUGACCAGAAUGACUGUAUUCAGGCCAGGAAGGCCUACGAUCUGCAAAGUGAUAACGUUUAUAAAUCUGAUUUGGAGUGGCUUCGUGGCUGUGGUUGGAUUCCUCUGGAUUCAGUGGAACACAAGAAGGUUAAGAAUGCACAAGAACUGGUAAAUAAGAGAGCAUAUACAAAAGAAGCCCUGGAUAACUUCUCCAACUACACCAGUGUGGUUGACACUCCCGACAUUGUUUUGGCAAAGAUGAACUCUGUCAAUCAGAGUGAUCUCAAAUACAAAGAAACAUUUAACCUUGAGAAAGGCCAGUAUAUUGGGUCUGAUGAUACCCCUACGAUGAACCAUGCCAGAGACAUGUCCUUACUCUACAGUGAUAAACUUUAUAAGAAUGCUUGGGAAGUUAGCAAGCCCACUGGGUAUUCUCUGGACGACAAGUACGUUCCACUGGUCGGAGCGAAGCACGCGAACUACAUAAACAGUGAGCUCAAAUACAAGGCAGUAUAUGAGAAGUUGAAAGGCCAUUACCUGGCCGGGAAGGAGAUCGGUGACUUCCCCAGUGUCAUUCACUCCCUGGCCUUCCAGAAGAUGAGGAGCGCGCUGGAGUACAGAAAGAACUAUGAAGACACCAAAGCACAUGUCCAUAUUCCAAGUGACAUGAUGAAUCACGUGCUAGCCAAGAAGUGUCAGUACAUCCUCAGUGACCUUGAAUACCGACAUUACUUCCAUCAGUGGAGUUGUUCACCUGAAGAAAAUGAUGUUAUUCAUGCCAGGAGAGCCCAGGAAAUUUUGAGUGAUGUGGUGUAUAAAGAUGACUUAAAUUGGCUGAAGGGACUUGGAUGUUAUGUUUGGGAUACUCCACAAAUCCUGCAUGCUAAAAAGUCCUAUGACCUCCAGAGCCAAAUCAAAUACACAGCUGCAGGAAAAGAGAAUUUCCAGAACUUUGGUGUUGUUACUGACACCCCUGUCUAUGUGACUGCAGUGCAGAGUGCUCUCAAUGCCAGCGACGUCAAAUACAAGGCAGAUUACCAUAAAACUAAGGACAAGUAUACAACUGUGACUGAAACAGUGGAGUAUGAAAGAGUGCAAAACUUGAAACAUCUCUUUAGCAAUAACCUCUACAAGGAAGCCUGGGAAAAAGUGAAAGCUACUGGCUAUAUAAUGCCCUCAGAUGCUGUAUCCCUAGCACGUGCCAAAGAACUAAAGCAUAAUGCUAGCAUUGUAAAAUACCGAGAAGAAUAUGACAAGUUUAAAGCACUGUACACCCUCCCCAGAGGUGUUGAGGAUGAUCCCAAUACAGCAAGGUGCCUUAGAGUUGGAAAGCUUAAUAUUGAUCGUCUGUACAAGGAGGGCUAUGAGAAGACUAAAGCCAAAGUCCACAUCAUUCCAGACAUGGUAGACAUAAUUGCUUCUAAGGAUGCACAGAAGAAAAUUAGUGAAAUUGAUUACCGCACACGUCUCCACGAGUGGAUCUGUCUGCCAGACCUUCAGAUCAAUGCCCAUGUUCGAAAAGUAACUGAUCAGCUCAGUGAUGUCGUGUACAAGGAUGAUCUUAACUGGCUGAAAGGCAUUGGCUGCUUUGUCUGGGACACCCCUGAAAUUCUCCAUGCCAAACAUGCCUAUGACCUUCGUAGUGAUAUUAAGUACAAAUCUAAGGCAGAAAAAAUGAAGGAUAAAUACAGUGUGGUUGUGGAUACUCCGGUCUAUGUCCAGAAUGUUCUCAGUGGCUUGAAUUCCAGUGAAGCUGUCUAUCGGGGUGAAUAUCUGCAGAACGUGAGAGGCAAAAUGAUUCCUACCGAUAAAACCGUGGAUUUGGAGAGGGCAUAUAAUGCCAACAAAAUACAGAGUGAAAACUUGUAUCGCUGGGCUGGUGUGAGCGCUCUGCCUACAGGAUACAGCCUUCCCACAGACACCCCUGGCUUCCAGCAUGCCAAACAUGUCCAGUACAUUGGCAGUGAUCUGAAAUAUAAAGAAGCCUAUGAACAUAUGAAAGCUAAAGGCUACACUCUGGGACCUAAAGAUGUUGGGUUUGAAAAUGUGAAAAAAGUGAAUCAAGUCAUUAAUGAGAGGCUGUACCGGGCAACAUACCACAAGUACAAGGACAAGAUUCAUACCACUCCAGACACACCAGAAAUCCGUCAAGUCAGAGCGACGCAGGAAGCUGUCAGUGAUCUGAUCUACAAGUCAGAUUUCUUCAAGAUGCAGGGACAUUUGAUUUCCCUGCCAUUCACCCCGGAGGUGUUGCACUGCCGCUAUGUUGGGGACAUCACAAGUGACAAUAAAUACAAAGAGGAUCUCCGGUGGCUGAGGGGCUUGGGCUGCUUCCUGUAUGACACUCCUGAUAUGGUCCGUGCCCGACAGCUGCGUAAGCUCUGGUCUAACUACAUAUACACUGGCACUGCAAAGAAAAUGUGGGCUAAAUACAACGUGGUGUUGGAUACUCCUGGAUACAGAGCAGUUCAGGAACUAAAAACUCAUCUGAGUGAACUGGUUUACAGAGCUGCAGGCAACGAGCUGAAGACAAAAUACACUUCUGUCCUUGAUACACCUGACUUCCUGAGAGCCAAGGAAGGACAGAAAAUACAGAGCCAGUAUUUGUACGUGGAACUUGCCACAAAAGAGAGACCUCAUCAUCAUGCUGAUAGUAAGACUCAAGCCUUUACACAUGCUAGGCAAGUAAAGGACAUGGUCAGUGAGAAAAAGUAUAAAACCCAGUAUGAGAAGAUGAAGGACAAAUACACUCCUGUCCCUGACACACCAGUCUUGAUCAGAGCCAAGAGAGCAUACCUGAAUGCCAGUGAUUUACGCUACAAAGAGACCUUUGAGAACACCAAGGGCAAAUACCACACGGUGAAAGAUGCUCUGGACAUCGUCUAUCACCGAAAGGUCACCGAUGAUAUCAGCAGUGUGAAAUAUAAGGAAAACUAUAUGAGCCAGUUAGGAAUCUGGAGGUCAAUCCCAGACCGCCCGGAGCAUUUCCAUCAUCGCGCAGUCACGGAUGCUAUUAGUGAUGUUAAAUACAAGGAAGACUUAGCGUGGCUCAAAGGCACUGGCUGUUAUGCAUGGGAUACUCCAAGUUUUGUUCUGGCAGAAAAGAACAAGGUGCUCUACAGUGGGUGUAAGUACAAGGAGACAUUUGAGAAGACGAAGUCUCAGUUCAAAUAUGUAGCUGACUCUCCAAUUAACUUGCAUUUUAAACAUGCAACUCAGCUGGUGGAUGGGAAAUUGUAUAAAGCUGCCUAUGAGAAGCUCAAAGAUAGGUACAGCGUUAUUGUGGAUGAUCCCAGGAACCUCCUGGCCAAGUGGGGGACCACACUGAGCAGCCAGGUUCAAUACAAAAAGGACUAUGAGAAGAAGAAAGACAAGUAUACUACAGUUGUGGAUACUCCAGAACACUUAAGGACUACAAAAGUCAACAAACAGAUUAGUGAUAUUAUUUACAAGUUGGAAUAUAACAAAGCAAAGCCUAGAGGCUAUACCACCAUCCAUGACACACCCAUGCUACUGCACGUGAAAAAGGUCAAGGACAGAAUCAGUGAUCUGAAAUACAAGGAAAUGUAUGAGAGGAAUAAAUCUCACUGCAAUGUCAUAGCAGAUUCAGUGCACAUCAAGACUCCAAGACAUGCUUACAAGCUAAACAGCAACCUGGACUAUAAGAAGAAAUAUGAAGCAGCCAAGGCCCGUUGGCACUGGAUCGCUGACAGACCCGACUUCGUUCAAGCAGCCAAGUCAUCUCUGCAACAGAGUGAUUAUGAAUACAAACUGGACCGGGAAUUCCUGAAGGGAUGCAAACUGUCUGUCACAGAUGACAAGAACACAGUGUUGGCCUUAAAUAAUGCCAUCUUGGCCAGUGAUAUAAAAUACAAAGAGAAGCACAACAAGGCUCGAGGAACUUACCAUGUUGUUCCAGACACACCUCAGAUCCUCCUGGCUAAGACUGUCAGCUCUCUUGUAUCUGAGAACAAAUACAAAGAGCACAGCAAGAAGCAGCUUCCUCAUGGGUCAUUCACAACCCUGCCAGAGACACGAGACACUGCUCAUGUGAAAGAGGUGACCAAGAACGUCAGUGAGACAAACUAUAAAAAGAAGUUUGUGAAGGAGAAAGGCAAAUCUAAUUAUUCUGUCAUGCUGGAGCCUCCUGAAGUGAAACAUGCCAUGGAAGUUGCUAAAAACCAGAGUACAAUUGAAUACAAGAAAGAUGCCAAGUCAAAGCUCCACUACACACCCAUAGCAGAUCGACCAGAUAUCAAGAAAGCAACUCAGGCUGCCAAGUUGAUAAGCAAUAUUGAAUAUAAGAAGCGUGGAGAAGCUGGACUAGGGGUAACCAUGCUGGGGCGCCCAGAUAUUGAACUGGCUAAGGAGGUGUCCAAGCUCACCAGCCAGGUGAAAUACAAGGAGAAUUUUUCCAAAGAGAAGGGGAAAAAGCCAAAAUAUGAUUUAAAGGAGGCUAAAAUCUACAAGACCAUGAAAGAUGCUCACAACAUGGCCAGUGAGGUGAAAUACAAGGCAGAUUUAAAGAAGCUCCACAAGCCAGUGACAGACAUGUCUGAGUCGCUGAUCAUGAACCACGUCCUGAGCACCAGCCAGCUCGCCAGUGCUUACCAGUACAAGAAGCAAUAUGAGAAGAGUAAGGGUCACUACCAUGUGGUGCCAGAUAAUCUUGAGCAGGUUCAUCUAAGGGAGGCAUCAGAACUACAGAGCCACGUGAAAUACAAGGAAAAAUAUGAGAAGGAAAAAGGAAAACCUAUGUUGGACUUUGAAACCCCAACAUACCUUACUGCAAAGGAAUCUCAGCUCAUGCAGAGUGAGAAAGAAUAUAAGAAGGACUUUGAAGAGUCCAUGAAGGGCAGAAACCUUGCUGGCUUGGAGAUCACACCAUCCUUAUUACAUGUCAAAUAUGCAACAAAAAUAGCAAGCGAGAAAGAGUACAGGAAGGAUCUGGAGGAAGGUGUCAAAGGUAAAGGACUAACAGCUUUAGAGGAGACUCCAGACAUGUUAAGAGCAAAGAAUGCAACUCAGAUCCUGAAUGAGAAAGAGUACAAGAAGGCCUUGGAAUUAGAAAUAAGAGGAAAAGGUCUGACAGAACUGGCUCUGGAGACACCAGAUUUUGUGAGAGCAAAGAAUGCCACUGACAUUGCCAGCCAGAUCAAAUACAAGCAGUUGGCAGAAAUGGAGAAAGCCAACUACACCAGUGUUGUUGAUACUCCUGAGAUUAUUCAUGCCCAGCAGGUCAAGAAUCUUUCCAGCCAGAAAAAGUACAAGGAAGAUGCAGAAAGGACCAUGCCCUACUAUGUGCCUGUAGCAGACACACCAGAAAUGCAGAGAGUCCGUGAGAAUCAAAAGAACUUUAGCACACUUCAGUAUCAGUGGGACCUACAGAACAGUAAAGGAAAAGUUACAGUUGUACAAGACACACCAGAAAUGCUGCGUGUGAAAGAAAACCAGAAGAAUUUCAGCUCGAUUUUAUAUAAAGAAGAUAUUGGAACUGGAACCACUAUUGAAAAGACACCAGAGAUGCAGAGAGUUAAGCGAACCCAGGAUGCAAUCAGCUCGAUUAAGUACAAGGAGAGCAUUGGCAAAGGAACCCCAAUUCCUGACCUUCCAGAAGUGAAGCGCGUCAAGGAGACACAGAAGCACAUCAGCUCGGUGUUGUACAAAGAGGACCUGGGGACAGGUACCCCAACCCCUGUCACUCCAGAAAUAGAGAGAGUCAAACGCAAUCAAGAACACAUUAGCUCGGUGUUGUACAAGGAGGGCUUAGGGACUGGCACCCCCACCCCAGUCACUCCGGAGAUGGAGAGAGUCAAACGCAAUCAAGAGAACAUUAGCUCGGUGUUGUACAAGGAGGGGCUGGGGAUUGGAACCCCAGUACCUGUCACUCCUGAGCUGGAGAGGGUCAAACGCAAUCAAGAAAACUUUAGCUCGGUGUUGUACAAAGAAAACAUAGGGAAAGCAACCCCAACCCCCGUCACUCCUGAGAUGGAAAGAGUCAAACGCAAUCAAGAAAUCAUUAGCUCGGUGUUGUACAAAGAAAACCUGGGGCGAGCAACCCCCACACCCAUCACUCCAGAGAUGGAGAGAGUCAAACGCAACCAAGAACAAAUUAGCUCGGUUUUGUACAAGGAGCACCUGGCAAAAGGAACCCCCACCCCAAUGACCCCAGAGAUGGAGCGAGCAAAACGCAACCAGGAAAACAUCAGCUCGGUCCUUUACUCAGACAGCUUCCGAAAGCAGGUUCAAGGCAAAGCUGCCUACGUGCUGGACACGCCCGAGAUGCGGCGCGUCCGAGAGACCCAGAAACACAUCUCUACAGUGAAAUACCAUGAAGACUUUGAGAAGAGCAAAGGCAGCUUCACCCCUGUGGUGACCGACCCCAUCACGGAGCGGGUGAAGAAGAACAUGCAGGACUUCAGUGACAUCAGCUACAGGGGCAUCCAGCGGCGCGUGGUGCAGAUGGAGCGCAAGCGCGUGGACCAGGACCAGGACCAGAUCACAGGUCUCCGUGUGUGGCGCACUAAUCCCGGCUCAGUCUUUGACUAUGACCCAGCAGAAGACAACAUUCAGUCCAGAAGCUUACACAUGAUCUCUGUCCAAGCCCAGCGCCGCAGCCGGGAGCAUUCCCGCUCUGCCAGCGCCCUGAGCAUCAGUGGUGGGGACGAGAAAUCCGAGCCCUCGGAUGGGGUGGAUCAACACUUGUCCUACUACAGCAACGGGGGCUUCUUCACUGCAACUGCAACAGUGGGCUACAAACAUGCUAAAACCAUCGAGUUACCACAGCAGAGGUCCUCGUCUGUUGCCACCCAGCAAACAACCGUGUCCUCUGUCCCUUCUCAGCCAUCUACUGCUGGUAAGACCUACCGGGCCAUGUAUGACUACACAGCAGCUGAUGCUGACGAGGUGUCCUUCAAGGAUGGUGACACCAUCGUGAACGUCCAGGCCAUCGACGAGGGCUGGAUGUACGGGACGGUCCAGAGAACCGGCAAGACGGGGAUGUUGCCCGCCAACUACGUGGAGGCUGUCUGA